AUGGCAGUGUGUUAUGGCUUUCAUCAAUCAGGUGGAGGCAUAGAUCUCAACCUCUCUGAUUCUCCAAGCACAGUGAACAAGGAGAUGGGUUUGCUUUCUACAUUGUUAAGGUGGAAUGAAGUGGAUCCACCCUCUAGGGAAGAGAGACUUAGAAAUGACAGGAUAUGCAGGCUCUACCAGCACAACAGAAAUCCUUUUGUUGAUCAUCCAGAAUAUGCCAACCUCGUAUGGAAAGCAGCUUGUUUCAAGUCGCCAAAGUUCUCACACUAACCAUGGAACGCAUUCGUUAAUGAAUUUUGCUGUAAGGAAAAAAUGAGGUAGGCUUUUGCAACAUUUGUACUACUGUAUUUUUCAACUUGGAGCCAUUAGGUUCAAACAGACAAAAUGCUAGCAUCAAUGAAGGAAACACCUACCAUUAAGUGCUUCAAGCUCUCUAGGGGGACAAUUUUUUUUGUGCAGUUGAAAAGGAGAAUAAGUCCUGUUUGUGCUUUAAUUAUGCAUUUUUGUGGUACCCAUACAAUUUGAAGUGUU